GAAACUACUCACAAGGUUGCAGAAAACUCUUCGACAGCGCACGACCGGUUUCGCCCUUCUUGGGGGUCAUCAGAUAGGCGCCGUCCACGAGUUUCCGUCAACCUUAUGUUCUACUUGAACCCAAAUUGGACUGUUUUCGAGAAAUACACUCAUUGGCAAAUCAAUCUGGUUUUCACGGGAAACUCAAUUGAAUCUCUCAUGAGGCGGCAUCGUUUGAUCAGGAUAUUUCUCCCAUUUGGUGCAUUAAAUAAUCGAUUAAUUCCACUACACGAAGCGGAUAACCAUCUCCGAAUGACCGCACUUUUCUGGGGCCCUUGGUCUGAAUGGCAACCUUGUCCGGAUCCCAAGUUGUUGUGUGUCCCCUUCGGGAUUUCGCUGCACCAGGGAACUGCUGUGCGCAGAGCUCGCAUGUGCGAGCGACAAGAAUUCAAGCGAAACUCAACGACAAAUACAUUUUAUCGGAUAAACGUCGACAACGAAUUGGUUCCGUGCUCAAAAGAGCGAUCGACAGAACAGCAAAUAAAACACUGCCCAUUGCCCCCUCGAUGUAGUGGCUCGAAUGGACCGCCUGCAGUUAGGGAUGAACAAGGAUUCCAUGCUGGAAAAAGUGAUUUCAAUGCAUAUCUUUGUAAUGUACUACUCAUAAGGUUACUGAAAAUCCGUCGACAGCCCACGACCGGUUUCGCCCUUUUUGGGGCUCAUCAGAAAAAAUCAACUGAAUCUCUUGUUUACGAUAUUCUCCGACUGAAUAUGCUUCACAAAGACUGUCUCAUGCUUCCGUUAGCAUGA